CCCAGGCCAGCAGGUAGCACGUACGCUCGGGGCGGACCGGGAAAUGUUAAUGGAUGUACGGCCGGCGCCGACAGGAUGAUCUGCAGGCAGCACUUGUUUUGUCCGUCGCGAUUUGUCAUAAAUCCAGCCUCGCCGAUCACGGAUGCCCCCAACCGCGCUACCAGCCGGGGCCCUCGAUCAAGCCUGUCAGGCGAUGCGUCUGAAUUUCUUUUACUAGUGCCUUUGCUUCCUUGCUCCUUCCUCGUGCCCACUUCACCCGUCCCGCCCCGCCAUUGUUUAUAGCUUCUCCGCCCCCACAACUCGCCGACGCCUCCUCGUCUCUGUAUAUAUAUAAGUAGCCACGGGUCACGAGCUUGCAGUGGCAGUGUAGGCGUGUGUGGCCGAGAACGCAGCUUGCCAGUUGAUAGCACAGAUCCCCGUGAGUCGUGAGUGUUCGUGACCACCGUCCACCGAGGAGUCGAGAGAUGGCGUCGAGCGAGCUGCCGUCGGAUGCGUUCGCGUUCCCGUGCCGCGAGGACGGCUCGUCGUCGGCGCUGUCGCCGCCGGUCGUGAUCUCGGUGCUGGCGUCCAUCCUGGACCGGCACAUCGCCCGCAACGAGCGGGCCUUGGCGCCCGGGAGCGACCGCGAGGUGGCGGCAUCGGGUGACGACGACGACUCGGCGGCGACGAGGAGGCGGGUGCGGGCGUUCGACGGCGGAACGGAGCUGGACAUGAGCCUGCGCGCGUUCCUGGAGCGCUUCUCCCGGUACGCGCAGGUCUCGCCGGCGGUGUACGUGGUGGCGUACGCGUACCUUGACCGGCUCCGGCGCGGGGACGCCGGCGUCCGCGUCGUGCGCGCCAACGCGCAGCGCCUGCUCACCGCAGCCAUCCUCGUGGCGUCCAAGUUCGUGGAGGACCGCAACUACAGCAACUCCUACUUCGCGGCGGUGGGCGGGCUCGGCGCGGCGGAGCUCGGCGCGCUGGAGCUCGACUUCCUCUUCCUGAUGCAGUUCCGGCUCAACGUGUGCGCCAGCGUGUUCCAGAGCUACUGCCGCCACCUGGAGCGGGAGGUCAGCCACGGCGGCGGGUACCGGGUGGAGCAAGGCCUCGAGAAGGCGCUCGUCUGCGCGGGGGAAGCGCGGGGGCAGCGACGGCAGGCGGCGGCGGCCUAGUGAAAUUCAGAGCAGGAGGAAGCUGUACGGCUCGAAUUCUGCGACCGCGAGAAGCUUCGCAUUGCCGGGGCAUCUCAGCGUGAUUCGUCGCCGGCAACCGAGCAGGAUCGGAGCUGCACGGAUUGAUCGCCGGCGCGUCCACAGCCCACAGGCACGCUGAUAGAGAUGGUGUCGGUGCCCAAAGGGCACAAGGAUGUACAUAGCACAAUCAUGGCUUGCCUACGAGUUAGACUUGCAAGCAUUGUACUCCUCGAUCGAAGAAAAAGAAAGGGUAUCCGAGGAGGAAACGUAAAAUAACUUCUCAAUCUUUCUUGGAAGAAGAACAUCAAUUGCUUUUGACACAAUCAUAAACAUUUGUUUCCAGCA